CUUUUUCAGUGCUGCAGAUAGUUAAAAUUCUUUUUUUUCUUUUUCUCUGAUAAAUAAUGUAGUUGUGAUAUGAAAGAAAUUCAUUGACAAAUUAUUUUCUUUUUUGCUGCCAAGCUUCAGUAGCUUCAGUAGUGAAGACUACUGAGCCUGCUGUCAGGCAGCAGUCAGAACUAGUAAUUGAAAGCAGUAGCUUGGAGGUAAAAGUGAACCCAUGGGUGGAGGUGUUGUGAAGUACAUGGUGCCAUGUUAGGGGACAACUGCUCCAACAAUCUGACCAUUGCCUUUUGUCCAACACCACCAUCAGAAAUCAGGUGGGUCAGCCCCUCUGACAACAGCGGACUACAGUUCCCACAUUCCUCAGAUAGGAUGUUUCUGUGGGCAGGAAGUAAAGCAGCAGAUGGAAGAAAUGACCGCAGAUCCAUCUACCAGAAGAUUCGUGAAUAUGAGGUCCUGGACAAGAGGAAAACAGUGACAGCUCUGAGGGCAGGAGAGGACAGAGCCAUUCUGCUAGGCCUCAGCAUGGUCUUCUUCUCUGUCAUGAUGUACUUUGUCCUGGGAAUCACCAUACUGCGCUCUUACUCUGACCGUGUAUGGACAGACGAGGCUAGCUGCACUAUUGUGAACUCCACCAUCGUGUGGGAUGUUAACUGUUCAUACAGCUGUGGAGCAGAGUGUUGGAAGAGCUCCCGUUACCCCUGUCUCCAGGUCUACGUGAGCCUCAACUCCUCAGGAAAAGUGGUACGACUGUUGCACAAUGAGGAGACGCAGGACAGCAAUCCUGAGUGCUUCUACACCCCAAAGUGCCACAAGGACUAUACAGCCAUACAUGUGAUAGUUCAGAACAUUUCUGAGCGUCUCAGGUCUCAGCACACAGUUCAGUGUUUUGUGGACCCUACAGACAGAAUGGACAAUGCCAUCCUGACACAGAUCUACGGUUCGGUCGCCGUCUUUCACUCCCUAUUCUGGCCAACCUGCACCUUGAUUGGAGGAACCAUCAUCAUUGCCAUGGUGAAGCUGACCCAGUAUCUGUCCAUCAUGUGCGAGCGACUAAACCGUAUCAAGAGGUGAAGGGCACUGCUAUAAGUUCAAAAGGAAGUUUCCAUUAUAUGGACAUGAGAACAACCGAAGCAGCAUCAUGGGGCCAAGACUGAAGGACAGAGAGAAGGGAAGGCUGAGAUGAGGUGUGUCUGUGACAGCUGGAAUGUUGGAAAUCAAAGACAUGCAUCAGGGACAAUUUAAAAGCAGCUACACUGAUGCUGGUUCGCAUCUUGACACAAGUUAGACCUGCUUAUGGUUGAAGCUCAGUGAAUCAAAACGAUUUGAACUAAUGUGACAUUCUGCGUCCUGUAGCUUUACAAAGCUAUUUGUUAAAGGAAUAGUUCAACAUUAAAUACGCUUAGCAGCUGCCUUGCAAAGAGUUUGAUGAAAAGAUCAAUACUACUCUCACAUUACAGUGGUUUCAGUCUACUCUUCUAACUUUUGGAAAUAAAAAGCAAAUAAGGUGUAUUUUCUAAAAUGUUAUGCUAUUUCUUUCUACUAUUCUCAGUCAGAUCUUUGAAGUUUGGUACCAAAAUGUGCAUUUCAGCUUUCCUGGGUCCUCUUAACAAGGGUUGCUAAUACUUCACUGUAUGUGUCUUCGGUUUGGGUCCUAUGUGGAGAGGAUUUACCAACCAUGUGGUUAAGGGUGUGUAUACUGAGGGAAUAAUGCAUUAAAUAAAAAAAGAAACAUUUUCUGUUUCAGCCCACUUCAAGCCCACUUAACACAUCCAAUAAUUUAAUGUCAUCCUCUGAUGCUGGAGCUGAGGACCAGUGGAUAUUUGGUGGCCGCCUUUCAGAUUCAGAUUCUGCAUAUGGUAUAUCAUGCAGAGCAAACAAGAAAUUGUCUCUGAUAAGGAAACCCAGUCAAGCCCAUUUUCUACAACUGUGCUUCAUCAGGUCGGACAGAACUUACUCACAGCUUCACACGUUAUACUGUGCUGAGUCUUUUUCUUUCUUUUUUUUAAUUCAAACCUGUCUUAUUACAUGAAUGAUUGUACUAUCAAUAAACACAAUGUGCCUGUUACCUCUCAGUAAUAAUGUCUGAGCCUUC